AUGCUGUUACAGCCAAUAACCUUACUGCCAUAUCAAUGUGGAUACAGUGUUGGGAUGUUUCGGCAGUUUUCGACUGAUCAACUACAAAUUGUGCUAAAGUUUUUGGCAGCAGCAGCUGUUUGGAAAGUUACAUCGUUGGUGGCUGCGUUAUAUUAUCGGUAUUUGAAGUCGGCACCACCUAACACUCAUUUUGGGCAGCGAUUACUUGAAAUAAAAAGCUAUUAUAGUGUUCUAAUAUUUAUGGUUAUAAACAUUGCUACAGAUUGCCUACUACUUGUAAGUUUCAUAACUUGAAAAGUUGCUUAUGCUCAUGUUCAUUCUCUUGCUCAGGCUCAAACUCAGGCUCAGGCUCAUGCUCAGACUCAGGCUCAGGCUCAGGCUCAGACUCAGGCUCAAGCUCACGCUCAGGCUCAGGCUCAGGCUCAAACUCAGGCUCAGGCUCAUGCUCAGACUCAGACUCAGGCUCAGGCUCAGGCUCAGGCUCAGGCUCAGGCUCAGGCUCAGGCUCAGGCUCAGGCUCAGGCUCAGGCUCAGGCUCAGGCUCAGGCUCAGGCUCAAGCUCAGGCUCAGGCUCAGGCUCAGGCUCAUGCUCAUGCUCAGGCUCAAGCUCAUGCUCAGGCUCAGGCUCAGGCUCAGGCUCGAGCUCAGGCGCAGGCUCAGGCUCAGGCUCAGGCUUUGACUAAGGCUCAGGCUCAGGCUCAGGCUCAGGCUCAAGCUCAGACUCAGGCUCAGGCUCAGGCUCAGGCUCAGGCUCAGGUCAGACUCAGGCUCAGGCUCAGGCUCGAGCUCAGGCGCAGGCGCAGGCUCAGGCUCAGGCUCAGGCUUUGACUAAGGUUUGAGUUUAAGAUUAAUCUCAAGGUCAGACACACCCUCAAGCUUAUGUUUUAGCUGUAGCACUAGCUCUAGCUUUAGUUUUAGCUUAAACUUCUGUUUAGGCUAAUAGGCUUAAAAUUUUUUCAGUCAAUCUUAUCACUAUCCCAGCUAUCAACAGAAGUUGCCAAAGUCCACAUAAUUGACAACUCACCUAUAGCCCAACUAUCUCUUCAUGAGCCAUCCAUAACCUGCUUUACUUUCCUUCCAACUGACUAUAGUUACGGCUUACUUCCAUUUUAUGUCCUAACAAGUAUUCUUAUCUUUGCCAUGUUUUGCCUUGUUUGUUAUUUAGGCACGAAGACGUACUACAAUAUAAUAAAAAGCAAUGCCAGCAUAAAAGUCAACGCAUCAGUCGUAUGUUGCUUUUGUCAUGGGUAGCUCAGCUCACGUGCAUUAAUAUGUGUGUUGCUUUGCCAUUACUGAUUGAAUUAUGUGUGUUCUUUAUCAACCCACCUUAUACUAAUCUCAUAACGUGUAGUAUCUUUCUGUGCAUUGGUCUACAUAGCACCUGUGAUUGUUUUGUAUUACUUAUUGUUAUCAAGCCUUUUAGAGCUUUUAUUCAGAAUAUUUUCAUGGGUGCUGAAAAUGAAACGAGUGUUGUGGUGGCUAGAAGAGGAACAGUUUCUGUUAUUCAAGUUGACACAACAAAAGGAGCUUUUCGUUUGAUAAGACGACUUACUAAUUGGAAACUUUGA